CAGGUGCCCGUGGCUGGCGCUGCUGGUGGUGCAGCUUCUGAUCCUGGCCGCCUAUGCGCAAGGGUUUCUGUACCAUGGCUUCAUCAUGGACGACACCGUGGGCAUCGUCAGGAAUCCGAACGUGGUUGCGGAGAGCCUCUCCUUUGCCGAGCUGAUGCGCCGGGACUUCUGGGGACUUCCCAUGCACGGGUCAGGAUGGACCAACAAGUCUUUUCGGCCGUUGACCACACUGACCUUCCGCUGGAACUACCUCUUGCAUGGCCUGGAGUCUUCCGGAUUUCAUGCGACGAACAUCCUUUUGCACUGCUUGUCCUCCCUGGUGCUAGGACAGAUCAUUGCCACCGCCCUUGGCUUCUCGGGCUCCUGGGCUGCGCUGGCCUCGGUUCUCUUCGGGGUGCACCCGGUGCACGCGGAGAACGUGCUCUACUUGGUUUGUCGCGCUGACAUCCUGGCAUGCCUGCUGGGCCUCAUGGCGAUCAAUGCCUAUGCGGCGGGCUUUAGCCCUCCAGCGCCCUUGAGGCCGCUCUGGCCCACUUUGCGCGCGCGGCCUUUCGACGCACAUGCGUUUGCUGCGUUCGCAGGUGGUUUGUCUCAGAACCCGCUGCUGCUCAUCGUUCCAUGUUCGUUGAUAGUGGCCAGCGGUCUUUGCAAGGAGUCGGGCUUCAUGCUGUUUGCCAUUCCCAUGCUUAUGGAGCUGCUGGACUUCUUGACCAUGCAGGCCAUAGCGCAUCACCAGAAGGAACGCCUGGGCAAACGAGUUGUCCGCCGCUUGAGGCUCCGGGCUGGGCUUCUGGUUGCCAGAAGCGCAGUCGCCAUUGCCAGCUUCUAUCGGCGACUGCGCACAGUCCUGGUCUUUGUGGCCAGAUACCGCCACACAGGAGGCACUUCGCUGAACAUGUCUCCGCAGGACAAUCCCAUCAGCUUCGAGUCCGACCGCAAGGUUCGGAUUCUCUCCUAUGCAUUCCUCCAUGGCGUGUACAUGCGGCUGUUGGUGUGGCCGCAAUUCUUGUGCUACGACUACUCGAUGGAUGCGAUCCCCAUGGUGCGGGAGCUCCUGGACUGCCGGCUGCUGGCCCCGGUGGCCGCGUACUUGGGCUUCGUCGCCUUGGUCAGCUUCAUGCUGCAGCUGCCAUCCCGCCAUCGGCGUGCCGGUCUCAUCGCCUUGGCAUUGGUAGUGGUGUCUUUCCUGCCUGCCAGUAACAUCUUGUUUCCAGUCGGCACUGUUGUUGGGGAGCGCUUGCUCUACAUCCCAUCUGCGGGCUAUAGCCUCGCACUGGUGGUGGUCCUCCAUGCUUACCUGCAGGGGACGCUGGCCAAAGUUCGUGCCCCACCGCGCUCGGAGCCAACGAAGAUUCGGCGCAAGGAGAUCCACAGCUGGGGCAUCGGUCCUGGCCGCAACGAGGCCAUGAGGCGCGGCUUCAAGGUCAUCCUGUUUGCGUCCUCGGGCCUGGCGGCCCUCUCCCUGCGCACCUGGCUGCGAGUGAGUGACUGGGAGUCUUCAGACACUCUCUUCAUCAGAGAUGGAGCGCGCCAGCCCAGUUCGAGCAAGACUCAGUUCAACCUGGGCAUCACCUGGAUGCAGCUGCAGGAGUGGGACGCUGCGGUGGAUGCGCUGGUGCGAUGCGCCUGGGCAGACCCACUGAGCUCAUUGCCCUUCUACCGCAUUGGCCAAAUCGAGAUUCUGCGAGGCCGUUUCGACUCCGCUGAGCGGUGGCUGGCUGCAGCCAUCGACAAGUUUGGCGCCAGCCUGAUGGUCCGGGACGAGGAGGUGUUUCAUGACCUCGCAUUGGCGAUGUUUCAGAAUGGGAAAGUGGACCAAGCGGAGACCAGGUUGCGGAUCUCUUUGCAGCUAAACCCAGACUUCGCGAAGGGUUGGAACAACAUGGGCUGCUGCCUGGCCUCCAAGAUGAACCUUAAUGAUGGCGCCCGGGCCGUGCGGAAGGCUGUGUCCUUGAACCCGGACAACCCGCAGUACUGGGCCAACCUUGCUGUUCUCAGCCAGCACCUGGGUGACUACUCAGCCUCCCAAUCCGCAAUGAGCAACGCGUACCAGCUUUGGCCAACUAUGCCAGAGCACCGUGAUUGCGCCUGGGAGUUUGCGCCUGCUGGGUAAGGCAUGGC